GUAAUGGUGGAGUAAAGAACGAUUGAAGGAUAAAAUGGAAUGAAUUAAAUACAUUUAUUUAUCAGUUGCUAGUUGUUGUCAUAAAAUAAUCAUAUCAUCAUGCCUAAGUUAACAGACACUAUGUGUAAAGCCGAAAAAUUUACACAUUACUUGCCGAACACAUUGAAAUACAAGAUUUUACUACCCCCUGUUUUGAAAAACAGUGUUUCCACUAAAAAGGAUUUGAGGAGCAACAAGCCAGUAUGUGUGAAAGAAAUUGCAGUAUUAAUGGCUUGUUUGAAGAAAGAAGAAUUUAAAAAUAACACCUGCGUGAAAGAAUAUCUCAAGUUUAAUGAAUGUGUUGAAGAAUCAACAGAAGAACUUGCCAAAAUGAGAGAAGCCCAGAGAAAGGGUUUACAAAUAGAAGGAAGCAAUAAAUUCCCUGCAAUACAGGUCAAUAAAACAUUAAGAAGAUUUCCUCAAAAGCCAGCAGUCUUUGAAUUAACAAAGAGACAAAACCCAGAGCACAAGAAAAAGUAAAAUAUAUAUAUAUCUGUAAGAGUGUUGUUAGUGUGUAAGAUUUGACUGUAAAUUAAAUGUUUUUACAUUACAAAAA